AUGUGGAAGGAUGUCAGGGACAGAGAGGGGGGCGCGAUUCGCCCCGUCACUUUCCGCGGCCGUGUCUGCCGCCGCCGAGUCGCGGCUCUCGACGUCUCCAACCAGAAGGAGAUCGUCAGCGCCCACCGCGGCGGCGUCAACUCGCUCCAGGUACUUUGGUUCCAAGUUGCUCGGUUUUUUCACCUGAGAAAUAUCCUUCAGGGAGGAGGAAUUCCUGUUCUAGUUCACCGUCGAACUUGACAGAGACCAGAUGAUUCGACGAUAGCGAUCACAAGUUUACGUUAACAGUUUAUUUAGCCCAUUUACUUCUCUGAAUUCCAAUAAUCGAUUCAGUUUUACUAUGAAUAUCUAAAAACUUCACCGCUCAUGCUGCCAUCGAACGCCGUCAAAGUUAUACUAGCCACCUAGAGAUACUCCAAAAUAAAGAGCAGCCGCAAGACUAUUGCUGUGUUGUUCCGGGACUGCAGAUUUUUUUUUACAGAUAGAUUUCGAUGAUUUUACCGGAAAAUCAGGUUGAUUUGACAGAAGGUCGAUACCUGCUAGCUGGUGCGUCGGAUGGAUCAGCUGCUGUUUAUGAUAUCCAACGCUCAACAGACUAUGAGGGAGGUGGGCGAAUUGCAAAACACAGAAGCCUCCUCGUUGUUGACAAACAACAUGCCCAUGGACACAAAUUUUCCAUUUCAUCAGUUGUAUGGUAUCCAGUGGACACGGGACUGUUCAUUACGGGAUCAUUUGAUCAUCGGAUUAAAGUGUGGGACACAAACGCUUCUCAAGUAUGGUUAAACUUCUGAGUCAUGACUCAUCCUCUCAAUAAGCUUUCGUGCGGAUCUACUGCGACAUUCUCCUCGUAAAAUCUUGUUUGUGUAGGUAGUCAUGGAUUUCAAGAUGCCUGGAAAAGUGUACGGUACGUCUAUGUCGUCCGUAGCCACUACACACAUGCUGAUUGCCGCAGGAACUGAGGAUGUUCAAGUUCGCCUAUGUGAUAUCGCAUCUGGUGCUUUUACUCACACACUUUCUGGUCAUCGUGGUAAGAUGCGUCUCAUUGUUUGAAUACCGUACUGUCGAUUUCUUAUUGUUACACCUUAACAAUUGGAAUUCCACAGCUUCACAGCAUUGUGUUUCCGUGGUAUAUAAAUUGGACUUGGUUAAAUAUAAAGACGAAUUUGUUGUUGGAAGACUUCAAUUCCUAUUCAUUCACACCUGUCUUAGAAUCCAUUUUUAUUCUCCCCAAGCUAGAUGUGAUAUGCUGUUGUAAGCCACUGUGCGUGUAGAAAGGGCUAGCUGGGUAGUUCCCCACUCAUAUCAUAUUCCUGUAGAGCUUGACCAUGGCGUUACAUAGGUGAGAGCACUCGAUGGCGGUGGGGGCAUGGAACUGAGUAAUUUUCAUUUCACUAUUCGGUUUCUGGAGACACUUGGGAUCAAGAGGAUGUUGAUGGAUACUUUAGAAUACCGGAUUUUCUCUGAUAAUUUUUUAUAAUGUUAGAUGCUGUGGAGGAAGGGCAAUGAUAACAGAGCGUCUGUGGGAGUUAGACAGUAGUUAUGAGAGGAUAUAAAUCAGAUAGUAAAAUCGAAUUCCAAACAAUGUGUUGAAUAGAUCAUAAUGUCCUUGAGUACGCUGUACUCGAAAAUUAAGUGGUUGAGCUAGUUGAAGGUCAGCAGAGGUAGAUGUGAAUGAGGAGCCUACUUGGGUUUUUUUUUUUCAAGAAUAGAUAGAAAUUAGUGCGAACAACUGUUUUCAUUAAAAAGAAAUAAUAAACUUUGUUGACAUUCUAAGGUUAUUCAGUUUGGGACGAAUAUUAGUAUUAGAGCAUCGAAGGGAUGCAUGAUGGUGGAAAUUAAAAAUUUCGGCGGGUUUUUUUUUUUGGAGUAGAAGUUUGUGAAGGAUGAUUUGAAAUUCGUAAUGGAGUAAACUACUUGUACCUUGACUGGACAAGGGGAUCUUCAGUGACAAGAAAAAUGAGCCCUGACAGAUACAAAGGAGACACAGUGGCGAAAUAGAAUUUGAGAAUAUUUUAAAAUAAGAGAACCUUGUCAAAGUUAGAUGUGGUGAGCAUCUAAGGGCGGUGAAUGGAGCUGUAAAAUAAGAAAUAUCUGAGGGCGGUGAAUGGAGCAAAAUUAAUAGCCUAUGGUCACUUUUCUGAUAUGGUGAGCAUAAGAGCAAGCGUGAAGAGGUACUAUUAAUAACUUUGCUGAAAUUUAGAGAGAAACAAGAUAAAGUUUCUAGAAAAUUUUCUAUUACGUUUCUAGAUAAUUUUCUAUUGACGUGAACUGUAGGAACUUUGGAGGAAAAUAAGGAAUUUGAGAAACAUUUUUUCUUCUAAAAACUGUUCAAUCAGAUAAGCUCUGAGGUUUUCAAACUGGUUUAUAAGCUCAAACCUUUUGAACUUUUCCUAAAAUGUGACAAAAAUGAGCACAUAACAUCAAAUGUGGAGAGAGAAAAUAAUCAAACCCCGCAUGGUUCCCCAUUGGGUAUGAAUAUUACAUGGAAGAUGACCAGCUGAUUACCUGUUUUGCUUUCGCUUUCAUUUGCAUACUUCGAAUAUUGUUGUGUGGCUGAGCUGUUUCAUGUUGCUUUGUCAUCUCUCAUUUGGAUUGGUAGUCGUCAUUGCCCUUCUGAGUUCCUUAUAUAUAACAAGCGCCUCUAUACAUAACUCUGCAUCUGAUGGCAGAUGGGAUAAUGACUGUGGAAUGGUCCUCCUCCAGCGACUGGAUUUUGAUGACAGGGGGUUGUGAUGGUGCAGUACGUUUUUGGGACAUUAGACGUGCUGGUUGUUUUCUUGUUCUGGAUCAGUCUCGUUCUCAAUUUGGAAGCCGGUCACCAUUAGCUGAAAGUUCAUCGAAGAAAGUAUAAUCUCUCUCUCUCUCUCUCUCUCUCUCUCUCUCUCUCUCUCUCUCUCGCUCUCUCCUCCUCCCUCUUAUGCACUUUUCAAAUAUUUUUCCUGUCCAAAACUAGCCUAGUUUAUAUUCAUUAGCGUAUGGACUAUGCCUUCCAGUUGAUUUAAAGUGGACGUCAUUCACUUUUAUAGUUCAUUCACCAUGAUCACUCUCACAAGACGCCUUGCAUUCCUUCAGAAAUUCUGAUGUGAAUGGCACUGUUGGGAUCAUGGUAUUCACUUUUAGCAUGCCUUGGAUGUUUAUUUAGUGCCUGACUGAUAAAUAUGUAGCCACUCAUGGACUAGAAAUCUACCUGUGGUGUCAUGAAAAGACUGCAAUAGAGGGCCAGAAGAUUGAACACAUGAAUUUUAAGUGCUUGGCAAAGGAUAUUUUUCCCCUAUUUUCAGUCCCGUUCCCUCCCUUAAGAAAUUAAAAAAACUGUGCAUAUAGGUAUUGCUUUCCCAGCAGUCGGUUCCCCAGAGAGGAGCCUCCUCAACUAUCUCAAUUGCACCCGAGAGAAAGGUUCCCCAUUACAGCAAUACGAGGAAAUUGUCAACUUCCCAAAGAGGUAAGCUGAUCAAGGGUUUUGAUACUCAGAGGCUCCACCCUGGCAUGUCAUCCAGUCGGAAUAGAUCAACAGCUCACUACGGUGCUGUAACUGGCCUAAGAGCAACGAAGGACGGGAUGUAUCUCCUAAGUACUGGUGAGCUUCAUCCUCUCUUCAGCUUAGCAGAUUAUCCUGAUACCAACACCGAAUACUUGUGCUUCUUCUUAUCACCCAGAAAUUUCAUCGAAACCCAUCAGAUAUCAGCUCGAUAUGACGUUCAAUCUGACUACCUAUGGGCAGCAUAUAUCUCAGAAUUUCAGUGCGUCUUAUGAGAUGUUGGGAACUCUCAGGGUCCGAUUCAAGGCUGAGGUUGUGGGACAUCGAGUCCGGCUGCAACACCUUGGUGAACUUCGAGGCGACCCAUCUCCACACAAGGCCUUUGGGGCUGGCGGUGGGCGAGGACUCCUCCCUGGUGUUCGUCCCCUGCAUGGCGACCGUCAAGGUGCGCCUUUUUAUUGCCCAUUAGUGAGGGUGAUUAUUCGGAUAAUUGUGCACGACAAUGGGCUUACGCGCCUUCUGGGUGAGAUCUUUGUCAGGCGUUUGACAUGUGGUCGGGCGCCACAUCCCGGACAUUCCGAGGGCAUUUUGAGUCGGUCAACUGUUGCUUCUUCAGCGCCCAUAAUCAGGUCUGGAAGACCACGCGGCCUCAGCCUUUGCUUGCUCACGGUGAAUGAGAACAGCUGAAUUUCUAUUUGUGUUUGCAGGAGCUGUACAGCGGGAGCAAUGACAGGCAAAUCCUUGUCUGGUCUCCGCCUAACAAGGCCGCCGUAGAACUGGUACUCCUCGCAAUCGCUUCUCAUCCACACGCCAUCAAGCUCAAGAACCCUAGGACUGAGUUUAGGGGCUGGGAUGGGCAUUAAGCUCCUAACUCUCUCUCUCUCUCUCUCUCUCUCUCUCUCUACUUUGUGGGUCGUCUUAAAUUGGAGGUGAACAAAUUGUAGGGCGAGUCCAGACAAUCAUUAUUAGAAUUGCUCAUUCACCCCUGGUGACAUUGACCUGCAGGAUCAAGAAGUCAACGGCGGUCAGCGGGGCCCUGAUUCCGACCAGGAUCGGUGGAGUGACUAG